UGUUUCCAUACGUGGCAGCGAAGAAGUCGGUACGAAUCAGAAACAGCACUGGGGAAGUCAUAUUGUGUAAGGUUUGUAUGGCACUAAAGUCUUGUAAGCUGAUUUACAGAGGAAGGGAAGGUUCUGCUACCAGAGAGAAAAUGAAGCGCUGGAUGUUGUGUCUCACUGUAUUUUGCUGCUACAGCUGGUGGGCUGAGGCCGAGAUAUUCACUUCAAUUGGUCAAAUGACAGACUUGAUUUUCACAGAACAGCAACUUGUCCAGUCUCUCAAAGAGUAUAUUCAAGCAGAGGAGUCCAAGUUAGCUGCAAUAAAAAGCUGGGCCAACAGAUUAGACGCACUGACCCGUACCUCCACUGCAGACCCAGAGGGGUACCUGGCCCACCCAGUCAAUGCUUACAAGUUAAUGAAGAGGCUGAACACUGAGUGGUCAGAACUGGAGAACAUGGUGUUACAGGAUCCAGCCGAUGGUUUCAUAUCCAAUAUCUCGGUUCAUCGGCAGUACUUCCCAGAUGAGGAGGAUGAGAAAGGAGCAGCCAAAGCACUGAUGCGGCUGCAGGACACUUAUAAACUGGACCCGGAGAGUAUCUCCAAAGGAAGACUUCCAGGUGUGAAGUUCAAUGCAGUCCUGACUGUGGAUGACUGUUACGACAUGGGGAAGACAGCCUACAAUGAAGGAGAUUACUACCACACAGUGCUGUGGAUGCAGCAGGCUCUUAAGCAGCUGGACGAGGGGGAAGAGGCUGUCGUUACAAAGUCGGAUGUUCUUGACUACCUCAGCUAUUCCGUGUAUCAGAUGGGAGACAUUCCUCGGGCCAUAGAGCUGACCAGACGUCUGGUUGUUGCAGAUCCAAACCAUCAGCGAGCGGGAGGGAAUCUGCGGUACUUUGAGAAGCUGUAUGCCAAAGAAAUGCGAGAGCGCGAGAAGACCGAGCAGCCUCCGGCCACAGAAACACCCAUUGAACUGGGGACCUAUGACAGGCCCCCCGACUACCUGCCGGAGAGAGAAACAUAUGAGGCCUUGUGCCGAGGAGAGGGAGUGAAAAUGACUCCGAGGAGACAGAGCACACUGUUCUGCAGGUACAACAAUGGGAAGAGAAACCCCAGGCUAAUAUAUGCACCUAUAAAGGAGGAGGAUGAAUGGGACCAUCCACCAAUCGUCAGAUAUCAUAACUUCUUGUCAGAAAAGGAAAUGGAAACAAUAAAGCGAUUAUCCCGGCCUAAGCUUAAAAGAGCUGGAGUUGCAGACAGGAAAACUGGAGGCUGGUUCAUAGCUGAAUACAGAGUUUCUAAAAGCGCAUGGUUGAUGGAAGAAGAUGACCCCGUUGUCUCUCGAGUCAAUCAAAGAAUCGCUGAUAUUACAGGCUUAGACAUGCAAACAGCAGAACAUCUCCAGGUUGCCAACUACGGUAUUGGUGGUCACUAUGAGCCACACUAUGACUUUCCCAGGAUGCACGUCAAUGACUCCAACUACAAGACAAAUGGGAACAGGAUUGCUACUUUCUUAAAUUAUAUGAGUGAUGUGGAAUUUGGGGGAGCUACAGUAUUUCCAGAUGUUGGAGCUGCUGUUCAGCCCAUAAAGGGUUCAGCUGUGUUCUGGUACAAUCUUUUACAAAAUGGGGAAGAUGAUUACAGAACUCUGCAUGCUGCAUGCCCAGUUUUAACAGGAAACAAAUGGGUUUCAAACAAGUGGAUCAGAGAACGGGGCCAGGAGUUCAGACGAAGUUCCCCAUUCCCUGGUUUUAAUCGUCUUCGUCUUGGAUGGAUCUCCUGGCUUUGGGAUAAUGGACUGCGCCCUGACUACCCCUUUUGGACUUCCCUGGAUUCGGUUGCCUUGGUGUUUCCCCCAUGCACCGGAUCACUACAGUCACCUCCCCCCUGUCUGUGAACCGUCCUAACCCUACUGUUGCUUCCCCAGAUGUCCUUCUCCAGACUCUUCAGGAUUAUACCUUCACAUGAGUUCUUUAUUUUCUAGUGCAGCUCUGGUGAAAGAGUAACUAGAGGCAAAUUACAACUGACAGAUAUUGUUUAAGAAUAUCAAAAUAACACAAACUAAAUAACCCACAAUGUUACAUACAACAUUAUACAAAACACUAUUUAACAAACAAGGUAUUUCAGAGAUCUAACCUUUACUGUUCCAGAAACCUCAGAUUGCAAUCUGAAAUCCUACAUAAUACCUAAACAGGCCAACAAAAGAAAUCCCCUGUGUCCUGAAUUAACAGAAUAUGACUCAGUCCUAAAUCUUCCUUUCUAAAACACAGAUGUCCAAAAUGUUAAUGAGAAUCUGUCUGUCAUGGAUGUUGGAAGGGACGAACAGUGGAAUGGCAGGAGAGUGGAAAAAGACCCAAUGUGUAGCGGUGGGACGGGGGUUAGCCCGGGCUCAGCAGUUCAGGAGUCAUAUAGAAACCUACAGUAUGCCCUCAGACAGCGGACGUGGGAUGGCCUGGUGCUAGGCGGGUCUCAGGACAUCCGAACCUCAAUGCUGAGCGUAUAGGAAUGAGU